AUGCUUAAGCUGGGAUUCUUGGUUUUUGCAUUUUCUCACUUCUGCUUGGCCGCCAUCUACCUUCAUUUUAUACCAGGAUCAAACAAUCGACUGAACGGUAACCAAGCCAACGUGAGGAACGCAAACAGACUUUAUGACUCCCAGGUACGUAGAGUACACCAGCCUCCUUUGCUUGUCGGUGGUCACAAUGCUCGAUUGAGUCGAUUUCCCCUGCGUAGCAUCAGGGAUAUAGCAGACAUCACUGUUUACAAGCAUUGCUGUUGUUGUAACGAGUGAAACAAAGGAAUAUAUCGUUUCAAGAACCAACGUGCGCUUCUGGUUAGCACAUCAAUAUCAAUACUAGGUGACAAAAAAAAAUUCAUCGUGAAUUUUUCUAUUAGGGACUUAUCCGGCGAUCCGACGACGUAAUGGAAACGAAAACGUCAAAAAAUAAUAGGAUUAGAAGGCAAUUCUAAUCUGCAUCACACUUUUUUAUACAUUUCUUUGCCCCUAUUGCACGAUUAUGACGUGAAAUUGCCUAGUUUCACAUUUUAUAGAUACGCAAACAAACAACGAUGAAACUAUAUUUCUCUUUCUGAACUUGGAUAGGUAUGCUAGGGAUCACCUACAAUGAAAUUAUUGAUAAAUUCAUGGGUAGGAAUGAUAGCGAUAAAGACUGGAAGAACGAAAAUUCACUUUUUACGCGACGUUUUCGUUGCCAUCGCGUCGUCGGAUCGUAAAGUCCCUAUUGCAUUGUGGUAACGCUUAAUAACAAUGUCAGGAACCACAACGUUUGAAUUGCUUAGGAGCAUGCAACCUUCGCUUGAACUUUUGAAUGAUCAGGGGCACCCAACGAGGAUAUAGUUCAAAACCACUUAACAUAGCAUUGUUGAACGUAUUUUAGUAUUUAAACGGUAGAUAUAGGCAUAUUUUUAUCCCCUAAAAACUUUUCAUCUGUUCGGAUUUCCUAGCUGAAAGUCUAGUGAUCCGAAAAUUAUAGGGAUCAAAACUUACCUUUUCGAAAAUUUCAGCCAGGAAAAGGCUCCCGAAAAUUCUAGGUGGCCUUUUUUAGGGUAAAUAUCCGUUGAAAAUGGGUAAUUAUACCAUUUUGUAGAUGUUCGAAAAUCCUAAGAGAGGCAGGCAAGCAAGAAAUUUUACAACAAAUGUUCCGAAAAUUCUAGUUCUCAAAUCGUCUUCCGAACAGAUAUUUUCCCGAAAAUUGCCGUUGGGUGCCCCUGAAUGAUAUGCACGGGUUCCACUCUGGCUUAAAAGGAGGGACAAACAGGAACUUUACCAGCACAGUAGGGACCUUAAGAUCCGACGACUCCACCCCCAACCCCCCGCCCCGCGAAAAAAAUGAGACUUUAACGACUUGAGUUGCUCCAAUUUUUACCUUUGUAUUUAUGCUAACUGAAGGGCACCGGUAGAAACAGUUACGUAACAGUUUGUAGGCGAAAACCUUAUUACACUCUGCUAUUAAAGCGCGGAAGGGUGAAGGAAAAGAUAGUCAAAAUGGCGCGAUUAAUUUUGACUGUCACUAUUCUUUAAUUCCUGUAUGUGUUGGCUGCUGCUGAUUUCACAGAACAACGGUAAAGCCGGUUACAACGUGGGAGAUAGUGGAAGCAACAAUCCUGGCGAAAAUAUUCAAGAAAAGCGACAACGACCCCUGGUAAGAGAUUUAAUUCAAUUCUAACGAUUAAAUAACAAAACAAGUUUAAAUCUGGUGGUGUAACAGAUGUCCUACCAUGUGAAAACUUGAUUAUUCUAUCCCCUUAUUAAUUCUAAUGGACUAUCAACAAACUUCGGAAUUCCAGCUGGUAGGAGGCGAACCUGUUGGCUAUCAAAGGAACAGUAUCCCGUUUCUGCGCAUGCACCAAACUUUGAUUUUUGGACAGGAUGUCGCGAAAUCAAAAGAUACGAGGAGAGUAAGAGAACCUUAAAAAAUCCGUUUGCAUCGCGCUUGGCCGGGUUCAAUACGACACUAAAACAUCUCAGGAUUACAGAUCAAUGAUAUAUUGUUCCUGUUAAGUUUCUAUUUGGGCAAAAGCUGGAUUUUUUGGCGUUUUUUUAUUGCCGUUGGCCGGAGGACCAAAAGAUUGGAAGCACUUUGAUGCCGAUUGAAGGCUUAUUUCUUCUGCUAGCUUCCAUACAAGCUCAGAUAAUUGUGAGAGAGAUACAGAAAAGAGGAAAAAACAGAUGACACUCGCGCGUGCGCAUAAUCGGCACACUGUCCCUUUAACAGUUAGCGUGAUUUUGGACUUGAACUCGGGACACUACCAAGGACAAAUCAAACCAGUGGUCAGAGUAGGACUUGGACUCGAGGCUUCCGGUUUACAAAUCAAGCACUCUUUAACUGCUCGGCGAUGCUGCUUCCAAAUAAAUCUGGCUAUAAUAAUGAGAAUGAGAAUGAGAAUGAUACAAACUGACGAACAUUUAAACUUUCCUUUUGUGUUUCAAAGGAAUUUUAUAUGAGUGGCUGUGACAAGAAUGCUCCGACUGAGGUGGAGAUCAUGUGGACCAACCAACACGGAACAGGACCCAAAACGGAUGACCGAGUAGAGACACAGGUUAUCUUACAGUACAUGUGCCAGGCAUACCUCCCUGGUAAGAUGGAGGUUAAAGACAUCAAUAAAGACUUCCAGCUGCAUACUAUACGUAACGGAGGAAACCGUAACACACAAACUUUUAGAAAGGAUCUAAGAGAAGACCAACAAAUCAGAAAGGACCGCGGACUUCAUGAACCCAAGGAGUAUUACAACGCUUAUGUUCGCAGGGAGCGGAACAAGGGUAAGAAAGACUUAACAAUUUCGCAAGUUGUUUCAUGUCAUUUCUAUUCUUGUCAAAAUCAAAUCCAAAUUGAGCGUAAACAUCUUACAAGGCUGUAAACGACGAGAGAAUGUAUGAGAGAAAGGGCUGGGACAACGGAAACGUCUUUUUCCAUUGAGUUAAAAUUUACUGAAGGUCAGAGGACAAGAUGAACGCUUUCUCUCUCAUCUUUAAUUUUCUCUAUAACUAAGAAUGUAGUAUCAUUAAUCUAUCUGCUAUUCGUAUACCCCUGGGCAUAUAAUAUUUAACUGACUGAAGUCAAACCCAGUUAAAGGGACAGGUUCACGGUUCAGGGCAUGCUCAUUUAUUAUUUGUUUUUCUGCCGCGACAUGCGGUAUCGUCUAUGCAAGCAAUAUGAUCAUGUCAUCAUGAUGUCAAAGAGCCAAUCUGCACACUCCCCUGGCAGUCACUUGAUCAACUUAUGUGCAAAUUACUGUAAAUUAAUCAACCAUGGAAUAAAACCUUUGGGUCAACAAUAAAUUCAACGUUGGUAGUAUUGGCAUAAUCCAAAUUUCUGCGAUUUUAGUACUCCUCCAUCCUACUUCAGGUUACUCUGAAAUACACUUCUACUCAGAAAUACACUCUGAGAUCGCUGAGAUACAUAUGAGUGGAAUUAUUAACCGAUAGAAUUAAUAAAAAAAUGGGAAAAAAGUAGUUUAAUUAAUGAGCAUGCGCUUAACCGUGAACCUGUCCCUUUAACACGGACACUGUUGGGGCCAUAGAAAUUGUUUGUAUUAACAGAGUGUCUGUAUUAAGUGGUUUCAUUUAGAAAAAAUGUAAGGGCUUCUUUCCCCUGGAACAAAGCAUUAACAGUUUGUGAUGAUGAGGUGUCCUCCAAAAUGUGAAAUUCGAGCUUCGACAGGUUUUAUGUUAUUAUUUGUCGCUGUGAGGAAAUCUACGGUUGCUAUUGCAUCCAAUAAGAAAAUUAAAUAUACUAAUUUCAACCCAUAAUUAAUUAUCGUCUUUAACAUAAAAAGUUCUUCAUGCAAACAUGCUCGACCCCGAUUUCUUGCGAUGGCAAAUUUCAUCACUUGCUUGCCCCUUAAGAAACCAAGAGACAUCGCUUUUUCCCCUCAGUCCUAAAGCGCGUGCAAAGAUGGCAGGUAUUGUGAAUAAGGUCUAUUGCACAAUCCAGUGAAUAGAGAUUUAUUAAGUGGAUUGCGCUAUCGAUAUUUAGUAAAAUCCAACUAGUGGUCUAUUUUCAAUGCUGCGUUGAGGUUGGUUGAGCUACUACUAGGCUAUAUGUUAUAGCCCACUAGUAGAGAAAAGCGAGGGCUUUUUGGCGGCAAAAAAGGAUUAAAGUCUAGCUUUAACUUUUUAUUCUCGAUAUUUUUUUCCAACUAGUUGGAUUUUACUAAAACAAUUAUUCCCCUGGCCCUCAUGGCCUCUGAGUCAAUAGCCCAUUCGGCCUUCGGACUCAUGGGCUAUUGACUCANUUUCAACCCAUAAUUAAUUAUCGUCUUUAACAUAAAAAGUUCUUCAUGCAAACAUGCUCGACCCCGAUUUCUUGCGAUGGCAAAUUUCAUCACUUGCUUGCCCCUUAAGAAACCAAGAGACAUCGCUUUUUCCCCUCAGUCCUAAAGCGCGUGCAAAGAUGGCAGGUAUUGUGAAUAAGGUCUAUUGCACAAUCCAGUGAAUAGAGAUUUAUUAAGUGGAUUGCGCUAUCGAUAUUUAGUAAAAUCCAACUAGUGGUCUAUUUUCAAUGCUGCGUUGAGGUUGGUUGAGCUACUACUAGGCUAUAUGUUAUAGCCCACUAGUAGAGAAAAGCGAGGGCUUUUUGGCGGCAAAAAAGGAUUAAAGUCUAGCUUUAACUUUUUAUUCUCGAUAUUUUUUUCCAACUAGUUGGAUUUUACUAAAACAAUUAUUCCCCUGGCCCUCAUGGCCUCUGAGUCAAUAGCCCAUUCGGCCUUCGGACUCAUGGGCUAUUGACUCAGAGCCCAUUCGGGCUCGAGGAAUAAUUGUUAAAUAUCCAUCUUUGAACAAUCGGAGCCAGAAAGCAAGAAAGGAUAACAGAAAUUUGAGAUAAUUAGUCGAAGCGAAAACGGUUUAGUACCCUGCGGGGAAAAGUUGAAUCGAGUGUAUUUGUCAUCAUCAUCAUCAUCAUCAUCAUCAUCGUCAUCAUCAUCAUCAUCAUCAUCAUCAUCAUCAUUAAUCUUCAUAAUCUUCCUCGUUAUCAUUAAUCAUCAUCAUCAUUAUCCAGAAACCCCUAAUCAUUAUAUCAUCAUCGUUGUCAUCGGUAUCAUUACUGUCAUCAUCGUCAUCACAGUCUUUGUCAUGUUCAGAUUCAUCAUCAUCAUCAUCAUCAUUACUAGUCUUGGUCAUCAUCUAUCUGUCAAUAAGGAUUUUCAGGGAGACCAAGAUAUCGAGUAGCUACUUUGGGUCUCAAGCCAGUUUUGUCUCAAGGACCCUCGCUCCUCUUAUUGUAUCAUUGUAUAACAGUUCGUUAUAUAGAGACUGGUGGAUUUACAAGUUCUUAAACAGGAUGAUACCUGAAAACCAGAUUAAGAACUAUCUUGUAGUCAAUCUCAUAGUCGUAAGAUAAACGCAAGUCCCCUUACAUCCCAAUGUCUUUCCCAGGGCUCUCUCUUACUCGUCCCUACCAGUAGGACAGAACCCUGAGAACAAGGCUGCUUACACCCCACAAACAAUGGCAAGACAAAAAACAUUUUUUUCAAACGACGUUACUCCUCACUAAUUUCCAGGCUUAUUCACUGCUGACCAAAAACUUAAAGGCACUACUGCACAGUACACACGACAGAAUGCUAAUGGAAACAGAAGGGGCCUGGAGGUACCUGAGGAGCGUGAUUACUAUCCCUACUGGGGCCCUACCCCGUGGAACGACAUUGCCAUCAUGGUUAGUAACAAAGAAACACAGAAGUUGAUGAAAGAAUACGUAAACAGUCGGGACUUUUACGAGAAAUGUAAGUUACUACCACUUAAAAAUUGUGCAAUUGCAUCUGACUAUAAGAAAAACUGUCGGAACAACACUUAUCAUUGUUGAGCACUGUCUCAAUUAGGGAGCUUUAGAUUUAAGGACGAGAACGUCGAGUACCAGUACGAGAUUUGACUUAAAGCUAUUGCGCGUGUUCUAAAAACAAGACACCCUGGAAAGCUUCAUUUUUUUUUUUUUUUUUUCACCAAAAAAGUAACUACGGUUAUUUGUACUGAAGGAGUUAAGCCCUCUCCCGAUGGCAAAAUGAUAAAACCUCUUACAUUUGAUAACUUGUUCACGCCCAUGGAUGUGACGUCACAUUUUUCCACUAUGUUGGAACCGAUCAUGUCAGCCAGUUUCCCAUCCAGUCUUUCUAUUAUCCAUUUUCACGCCACUACGACAUUCGCGCUAAAACUCGGAGUAGACUUACGACGGCCAUAUUACGUUUUCCAAAAUGACGCUGGUUCGCGCUUGAGCAAUACUCAGUAUUGAGAAAAUCUCGUACUCGUAGUCGUCCUCGUCUCAGAAUUUAAAGCUCUAUUAUUUCAAGUGUGCUUAUUUCUUCUUUUAAUCGUUAUAAUAAAUUAAUUAAUAGACCUUUUGAGCUUGUUUGUUUUGUUUUCACAUUUUAGACCACAUGAUGGUAUUUUAGAGAACCGUUUCUUUCAAAUGUCGUCCUAUGCACGUGAAUCCACGUGCAUAAUUAUGUAUGCAUAACUUAUGAAAAAAGGAAAAUUUCAUUGAGAAAAUCUCGUGGUCUGACUUGGGAAAACAAAAAAUACAAGCUAAAUAGGUCUAUUAAGUAAAUCAUUCAGUUUAAUGAAUUAAUUAAUUACAAUCAAUUAGAACUCAUUAUCACGACAUGGUGGACCUAAUUCAAAUCGGUUUUCUUGUAGGGCUGUGUAUCAUGAAGAAUGGUCUCCAAAAGCAAUCGUCCUGCCCAAGAAUCCCACCUCGCAACAGAAACAGCGAAUACUGUGUCGCCAGCUACAUAUCUAGAGAAUCGUGUGUGAACGGAGGAGGAAAGUGGACCAAAGUUCUGACAAACUACAAAGAAAGGCUGUCCGACAACGCAGAUUUAUGCGCCAGCGUCAAGAGAAUUAAUGGUGUACCUUACGAAGCCCACAAAAUAACCCAAGGCUCGGAUAAUCAAGAGCAAGUUCUCGUUAGGGCGGACGAAACGCAAGUAGUCUACGCCCCAUCCACUGUUGUCAACCAUAAUGGACUGAAUAUGGAAGGAAAGUUUUCUUCGUAUAAAUGGAAAGUUCCGCACUUUCCGUCCCAAACCAUUCAGCGCUGUGUCUUGAGGAUAAGGUGAGACGUCGACCGACUAAGCUUUUUUACAAUAACUAAGCAAUUUCUUGCGUGUUUAUUGGCCGAGAGCCAUGGUGAAUGAGAGUAUGGACCAGGGAACUACAGUUCUUUGAGUUCUUAACUCGCUGUCGACACUCCUUAGAAAUAAAGAUGAUUUUGUUUUUUUCCCAUAUUUUAUAAAUUCUAUAAACCACCGUUUAGAUUAUCAGAAAUAUAAUGUGAGUUUAUUCUUAUAUUCCAUGUCUGUGUAUAUUGGCAGGUACAACAUUACUACUGAUGAUGCACCAAGGUCUUUUACUACGGCUGAUAACGAUAAGUAAGUGGCAUUGCACCUCCCGAGCCGGGUAGAGAAGGGAGAUGGUGUUUAAUUCUUAAUCGAGUUUUACAAACGGAGAGGGUCCAACCUAAGGACUACCCCUUAUUACCCCCUUACAGUAUUAUUUUACAAUUUUGACAGGACAAAAAUACCCCUUUCACAUACCUACUUACGAACACCACAUACGUAUUCCAAAAGAUUAAAAGGAGUUAAUGAACUAUAUUGUGAAACAGUACCCAUUCAAAGUGCAUCUGUUUCAAGUAUUUUUACAUCUUUCAUUAUGAUAAUAUUAUUACCUCCUAAAAUCCCUACCAUUUUUAUAUACCUGAAGCCCGAAAAGGUAUUCCGUUUGGAUCCUUUUUGAGUUGGCUAUUAUCUGAGGUAUCGCUAAUCGAGAAGGGGGAGGGGGGGGGAGGGAGCCUGAGUGUAUGAAUCUGCUAUUUACAGCUAUUUACAGUAUCGAUCAUCCAUUAAAUAAAGAAAUUCGUUUUAUGUUAGCCAACCUAUCUUCCAUUUUUCCAAACGAUUAUAAGCUUUCCCUCCUCCUCCCAUGACCGCCGUCCCCCGUCCAGUCACUAAGUGAGACGAUAGUCAUCUGAGCUAGACUGUGAACAGUCUAAUCGAUACACUAUGUGCCGUUUUUGUUGUUUACACUUUAGGAAGCUUUCACUUAGUCUUAUUCUGGGGAUGAUGUUUAGUAAAAGUUUCCCGCAAGAGGUUAAAUUUGGCUGCUGACAGAAUAGAAAAAAAAAAUAGGCAAACAAACAAACAAAACCCAUGCUUCUUAGCUUUUUAGUUGCUCUGACGUUAGACCAUGUGCCUCAUAUCGAUUUUGUAAAGUUUGGGUGAAAGCCAAUUCAUCCCUCCAAUGGCUCCCGCUGCAUGUAAUACUUUCACCGUCCCUGCAAUCAGGCGUUUUUAACCUAACAAAAUAGCCUGAGUUGUAGCCGUACUCAAGACCUAUAAAGAACUCGAUAAGGAUUUAGACGGUCAGGCGGCCCUGGCUAAAACGAAGGGGAAGAAGGACCGCCCGAUCGCAGGUUACACCGUCCCCAGCUUUUGCUUUUCUUCCAGUUUACUUCAAGUUUGCUUUAUCUGAUUCCCUCCUUUUGCCAAAUCUGUUUUUAUAAUUUAUAUUCCAGUACCAUAACUCUUCAAUAGAUAUCGCUAAAAUUGUUCCAAUUUGCUUCUAGAGUUAAGAAUGACCCUACAACCCUUGCUGUGGAUGGAACAACGAAGCUUCAGUUAGCCUUGAACACCGCUCAACUCGCUCGUACUUUCCAGGACAGAACACAUGUGUUUUACUUGAAGCCACGACCCGCGAGUAUCAAAAAUGCCAGGGUAGUUUACAUCGGAGGAAUGGGAAAGAGAGGUAAUAUUGUUCAAACCUAUCCCGCCAUGGAGUAUCGCUUCGUCCCUGAGCGUUUGACUGUUUCCACCAGAGAUGUGUUGUGCUUUGCUUGGUCUGGUGAGUUUGUCUCCUUGAAACAUGCACGUGACGUAGAUUGGGCCUGCGUAUAGACUACGAGUAGUCAGCAAUGUAGGAGCUGCUCGUAAGGUGUGUCCUCAUUGGUCGCAGAAAACAAUAGCACAUCAUUGAUUAUCAUUAUUUCCCAUUGUUUCACGGUUAGAGUAUCGAACCAAUUGGCUAUUAGGGUUAGGAGAGCUGCUACAUGCCUGAGUAGUCCCUCAUUUUCCUCCGACCUCUAAGGAGUUUUAGCUUUGGCGACGGUUACAGCAGCUAAAACGUCACUUUUAAAACUGGUAUUCGCUUUUUUUCACACAUUGCCACGUUUAUCCCAAUUCGCCGAAAAUGUCAAAUGUAGGCAAAUUUCCCUUAAGUUAAUUUAUUUGGGGGACCCCACUUAAGUUUAGAAAGAGAAAGAAAAAGUAGUCGUCGUUUGCUUACAUUGCUCAGCUCCAUAAAGCGUGAAAUUAGGCAUUUUCACGUCGUAGUCGUGCAAUGAAGGCAAGGAAAUGUACAAAAAAAGUGUGAUGUGCAAAGUUGUUGUUUUGCUUGACAAACCCAAUACUUUCUUAUGUUCUCGUUUGAAUUCGUUUGAAUUUGUAAAGAUCCUGAGUGGAAUCAGCGAGCGCGUGUGAAAAUCGCCCCUAAGAGGAGAGUGACACGUGGAGGAAAGAGGGCGUUAUUAUAAAUUGGUCAACGCUGUUCUUGACUUUCUUUUCUUGAAUUUCUCUCUGCAGGAUCUAAUAACAAUCCAAACAAUGAUGGGGAAGGACAAGCACGUAAGGACGACAUCUAGCGUCUUUAUAUUUCUUGUGAGGGAAUCCGGGAAAUUUUUCCUUGUAGAAUUCGCGAAAUUUGAGUUGUGGAAUCUGGAAUCCCGGAUUUUAGAAUCCGAAAUGCAGCUCAAGGAAUUUGAAAUCCCACUAACGAUUGGAAUCAGGAAUCCGAAAUGCGGAAUUCACUACCGGAAUCCGGAAUCCGGAAUCCAUGGCGUGGAACCAGAAUCCAAGACUGUAUUAGUUUCCUUUACACCAGUAGGAGAAUUAAUUGGUCUCUUGCUUUAUAUAUUUAGCAGACGGAUGCACUGUUCGACUGUCUAUUUCCAAUUUUUUUUUGUACAAUAUCUUUUAGGGUCGGACAGAACAAACGUGUGUUGGGUAAAGGAAGGAUGCAGCUCGCUCAAGCCUAAAGCCUGUUCCAGCUUGCCUCUUGAAGUUGUUGAUAAUGUGAACGAAUUCAACGCCGGUAAGUUGAACCUUCACCUCAACACAGGGUGUUACACCGGUGAUGCUAAAAAUCUGCAAGCUCAACUGAACAACGCGCCGGCCUCCUGUAAUCCACCGUGCUUCCGCAUCAAGAAGCCUGGGGAGUACUGUUACAUGAGCACGCGUAAUAACAACUUCUCCAACCGACGUCACAUGGGACAGAUCACCGUCCGCUGAAAGCAAAUACAAUCAAGAAACUUUAGCUGACAAAGAUUUCUAUUAAGUUUUGUUGCUGAUUUUAUUUGUUAGUUAUAGAUUCCCAAAUAUUGAGUGAACUGAAUUGUCGUAACGUAAUAUUAAACAGCCUGGUUUCCUAUUAUAGACCGUUAUAAUGUAACCCGAUCUUUAAUUAAACGAUGCUGGCUACAACAAUUGCUCUUAUUUAUUAUUUUUUUGUUAACUCGGACUGUAAGUUUCCGUCUACAAUUUGUGAUGUUAUUCUACUGCCAAUUGUUUUACGUGAGCUUUCAAAUAUUUGUGCUUAAAUGCCUAGCAAGCUACAAUGUUUCAUAAGAAAUCUUUGUAGCCUGAGUUUCGGCCUGGGUUAGCCCAAUAAGUAUUGACGAACCUAGGGCAAGAUGGAGUUAACUGAAUUAGUUAAAAUAGAUAGAUUGUGGAAGUGCUGUUUCUUAUUCAUGAAACGUAGAUAUUGAAAAUAAAAUGUUUGUUAGGUG